UGAAAUACACAAAAUGGCUGAAAAGAUCUCCAUGUCUGGGACACAGAAGAUGCCAUCAGAGGAGUGCAAAAACAAUGGAGAGACGGCUUUGAUUAAAAGUGUUGCCGAGACUGCGGUCAUUGCUGACCUGCCUGCACAGCUCACUGUUACUGCCCCGACAGCAGGCACUGUGGCAGUGACGUCCUCGAAGUCCCCUAAUAAAGUAGGUAAAGUGAAAGUCAAAGAAGAGAUGUCUGUUAAGGUCUCUCAGGAAGCCAGUACUAACAUGCAAGCUAAGGAUACUUCUCUGCCUCUUCCUUACAAUAAGAAAAUGGAAAAAACACUGCAAGCAACAGUGAAUGUCCAGGAGCAGUCCACCAAGAAUGAAACUCCCAAAAUUAUAGAAAAAGUUGGCAUAUUGCCAGCAUCACAGUCUGCUCUUAUUCCAUCCGAGCUAAUGCUAGAGACCAUCACUGUUGCUGUGCAGCAUCCAGGAAAAGGAAAAAAUAUGAAAGAAAUCAAGAAGAAAGAUCAGAUCAACAAAUCUUCAGACUCAGUGUUGGUGUCUGUAUCCACAAGGAAGGACACCACAGAGAUAAAUGAUCUGGUUGACGUUAAAAAAAAAGAAGCUGAGAUAAAUCUUGCACAGCAAACCUCUGAACCAUCUUUGAAAAACAGUGCCAGUACGCUUGUCCCAACAUCAACACCACCCCCCACAACAUCCUCAGCUCUGGCAGCAGGUAAUGCUGAGCAGAGUAAGAAGGCACAUAAGACCAGCAAUACUCAAGAAACAAAAGACAUUCAUGAAGCAUCCAAAAAUACCAAAGCAAUGUCAUCAAAUGCUCAGAACAAAGCAGAAAUUCCAUUUGAGGGUCUCUCUGCCAUGGCAGUGAAAGCCAAGGUUGAGGAGCAGAAACAGCAUCCCAGCCCAACACCUGAGAUCCCAGUUGCAACUGCUGCUCAUCAGGCAAAAGCAUUGAUCGUCCAUAAGGAAAUGACAAGUGUUGAACAAACAGCGAUGCCAGUGGAGUCUAAGGAGAAGGUACCCAAACAAGAGAUAAUAUCAGUCCAACAAAAGCUAUUACCAGCAAAACAGGUGGAAGAAUCAGAGAGUAAUGCUUCCAAGAUGCUCGAUGCGGAAGAUGCCCCAAAACUUUUGAAAGGAAAAGGGAAAAAACAAAGAACUGCAGCAGUGAAACAAGUCCCAUCAGCAGCAGCCGAAAUCAAAGGCGACGAGGUGAUGACAGCAGCACAGGUCACCAUUGAGGCCCCUCCCCCUCAGGGCCUUGGGCUACUCAUAACAAAUGAGUCUCCCGAGAUGCCUUCUGAAAAAUUGUGUGCUGAAGAAAGCAGCCAGGAAGUAGCUGUACAUGACACAGCCCCUGCAUGCGGAGAGGGGGUGGAGCCUGUGCAGCCCUCGACUGGAAAACUGGAACGGGAGGUUCAGAAAAGGAAAACAUCCUCCUCACAGAGGCUGAUAGAAGCACCCACAGCCCAAGCGUCAGCAGAAGCCUCAGCCCAGGACGGCCCCCAGGCAGAGCAGGGGGAGCCUCCCAGUGUUGCACAACAUUCAGCCUCUCCCGACACACAGCACAGAGGAGAAGAGCAGGAAGAGCUCUCUGUGAUCAAAGCCACUAAACAGCCCAUCAGCACCGACCCUCUGCACACUCAGGAGAUAACCUGUGACCCGCAAACACUGCACGAGGACGAGGGCACCAUGCGCAGGAAGAUCGUAGUUGUGGAAGAGGUGAUCGAGGUGCAGCAGACUGCCAGCCCAGGUGCAGAUGGAAGUCAAGUGACAACCCCCGUGCCUCAGUGUACAGGAGAUGAGUUGGACUAUGACGUCCUGGAGGAGUUGGCCAAGGAUCGUGCAGGCACUGCUGUCCAACAGGUCAGCUGGGACCAUUCCCUGGACGAGCCUGAACGCAAAACCUUCCCGAACUUUAUAGAAGAUGAACGGGACAGAGUGCAGAAAAAGACAUUCACAAAAUGGGUGAACAAACACCUGGUAAAGCACUGGAGAGCAGAGGCCCAGCGUCAUGUGACUGAUCUGUAUGAAGACCUGCGAGAUGGACAUAACCUGAUCUCUCUGCUGGAGGUGCUCUCUGGGGAGACACUGUCGAGGGAGAGGGACGUUGUGAGGAGCUUGCGGUUGCCUCGGGAGAAAGGCCGCAUGCGCUUCCAUAAGCUUCAGAAUGUAAACAUAGCACUGGAUUUCCUUAAACACCGGCAGGUCAAGCUGGUGAAUAUUAGAAAUGAUGACAUAGCAGACGGAAACCCCAAGCUUACACUGGGACUCAUAUGGACCAUCAUUCUCCACUUCCAGAUUUCAGACAUCCAGGUGAAUGGGCAGUCAGAUGACAUGUCAGCCAAAGAGAAGUUACUGUUAUGGUCCCAGCACAUGGUGGAGGGCUACCCAGGCCUGCGCUGUGACAAUUUCACCACCAGCUGGAGGGACGGCAAGCUCUUCAACGCUGUCAUUCACAGACAUGAGCCCAGAUUCAUCGACAUGUCAAAGGUGUAUCGCCAGACCAACCUGGAGAACCUGGAGCAGGCCUUCACCGUGGCUGAGAGAGAGCUGGGUGUCACACGCCUGCUUGACCCUGAGGAUGUGGACGUGCCUCACCCUGAUGAGAAGUCUAUCAUUACAUAUGUGUCUUCUCUUUAUGACGCCAUGCCGCGUGCACCUGACGUUCCGGAUGGUGUCCGAGUCAACGAGCUGGAGCUGCGUUGGCAGGAGUACUACGAGCUAGUCACCAUUCUACUGCAGUGGAUCAGACACCAUAUCGUCAUCUUUGAGGAGAGGAAGUUCCCCGCCAGCUACGAGGAGAUUGAGAUCCUUUGGCGUCAGUUUUUGAGGUUCAAAGAGACUGAACUGCCAGCCAAAGAGUCAGACAAGGACCGUUCCAAACAUAUUUACCAGUCUUUUGAGAGUGCAGUUCAAGCGGGUCAAAUCAAAGUCCCUCCUGGUUACCACCCUAUCGAUGUGGAGAAAGAAUGGGGACGACUUCAUGUGGCCAUCCUAGAGAGAGAAAGGCUGCUUAGAACUGAGUUUGAGAGGCUAGAGAGGCUCCAGCGAAUCGUUAGUAAAGUGCAGAUGGAGUCUGGUGUGUGUGAGGAGCAGCUGAACCAGCUGGAGACCGUCCUGCAGUCGGACAUCCGACUCCUGAAUGCAGGAAAGUCGGCCCAGCAUUCAGCCGAGCUGGAGAGGGACUUGGACAAAGCUGACGGCAUGAUCCGUCUCCUCUUCAAUGAUGUGCAAAUUCUUAAAGACGGGCGCCACCUUCAGGCUGAGCAGAUGUACCGCAGAGUUUACCGACUUCAUGAGCGUCUGGUGAACCUACGCAGUGACUACAACCUGCGAUUGAAGUCAGGUGUCAUGCCUGCCCAGGCCUCUCUGGUUCAGACGCAGGUGUCAAGCCAACGCAUGCGUCCAGAGCUGGAUGACGUUACCCUGCGCUACAUCCAGGACCUGUUGGCUUGGGUGGAGGAGAACCAGCGUAGGCUUGAGACAGCAGAGUGGGGCUCCGACCUGCCUACUGUGGAGUCCCAGUUGGGCAGCCACAGAGGCCUUCACCAAACAGUUGAGGACUUUAAGGCCAAGAUUGAGCGGGCCCGAGCUGAUGAGAAUCAACUCUCCCCUGUCAGCAAGAGUACAUACAGAGAGUACCUGGCUAAACUGGAUCUUCAGUAUGCCAGGCUCAUGAACUUAUCUAAGUCUCGCCUGAGGAACCUCGACCAGCUCCACGCUUUUGUCAGUGCUGCCACUAAAGAGUUGAUGUGGCUCAAUGACAAGGAGGAGGAGGAGGUCAACUAUGACUGGAGCGACCGCAACACCAACAUGACUGCAAAGAAAGAGAACUACUCUGGCCUGAUGAGGGAGCUGGAGCUCAAGGAGAAGAAGAUUAGCGAUAUCCAGACCGCUGGGGACAGACUGAUAAAGGAGGGUCACCCAGGCAAAAAGACUGUUGAGGCUUUCACUGCAGCCCUGCAGACUCAGUGGAGUUGGAUCCUUCAGCUUUGUUGUUGUAUUGAGGCUCAUCUCAAAGAGAAUACUGCAUACUAUCAGUUCUUUGCUGAUGUAAAAGAGGCAGAGGAGAAGAUGAAGAAGAUGCAAGACACAAUGAAAAAGAAGUAUACAUGUGAGCGGUCUACCACAGCCACUCGCCUGGAAGACCUUCUGCAGGACACUUUGGAGGAGAAGGAGCAUCUGAAUGAGUUUAAGACUCACGUGGCUGGCCUCAACAGGAGAGCCAAGAGCGUCGUGCAGCUGAAGCCUCGUAACCCCACCACGGCCAUCAAAGGCAAACUGCCGGUCCAGGCCGUGUGUGACUUCAAACAGAUGGAGAUCACUGUGCACAAGGGAGAUGAAUGCGCACUUCUGAACAACUCACAGCCCCAUAAGUGGAAGGUGUUGAACCGUUCAGGCAGUGAGGCCACUGUCCCAUCAGUGUGCUUCCUCGUACCUCCAGUCAACAAAGAGGCUUUAGAGAGUGUGUCAAAUCUGGAUACUGGACUCCAGCAGAUGUCGACUCUGUGGCAGAAACUGCAUGCUGACAUGAAGGGCCUGCUGUCCUGGCAGUACCUGAUGAAGGACAUCCAGUUCAUCCGCACAUGGAACAUCACCAUGCUGAGGACGAUGAAAGUGGAUGAGUACAGGCAGAUUUUACGGAACCUGGAGCUUCACUACCAGGACUUCCUACGAGACACUGCAAACUCCCAGCAGUUCAGUCCAGAGGACCGCAUGCAGAUGGAGAAAGACUACAAGAUGACAACACAACACUAUGAGAAACUGCUCCGGACUAUGGAGAAAAGACCAGUUAUCAAAUCAAGGGGUGAUCAGGAUGAGUCCGUGUGUAAGACCUACAUCUCCCAGAUUAAAGACCUGCGCUUACAGAUUGAAGACUGCGAGUCUCGCACUGUGGCCCACAUACGCCAGCCUGUCGAAAAAGACCCACUCAAGGACUGCCUCCAAAAGACCACAGACCAGAAAAGAGUACAUGUUGAGCUGGAGGGCAUUAAGAAGAACCUAGAUAAUGUGGCUCAGAAGGCAGAAGAAGUACUAGCAUCUCCUGAGCAGUCGAGCACUCCAGUCCUCCGGUCUGAGCUGGACAUCACCCUACAGAAGAUGGACCAUACCUACAGCUUGUCUUCAGUAUAUCUAGAAAAGCUUAAGACAAUAGAGGUGGUGAUCCGGAAUACACUAGGGACUGAGGACAUUCUCAAGAAGUAUGAAGAUCGCCUCCGUGAGGUCUAUAAGGUGCCCACAGAUACCAAGGAAGUGGAUACCUACCAUGCUGAACUCAAGAAAAUGCGUGGAGAGGCAGAGGGCCAGCAGCCUGCAUUUGAUGCCCUCGAGGGACAGCUAGCCAAGGCAAUUAUAGUGAGCGAGCGCAUGGCCCAGGUGCACAGAGAGAGAGAUGCUGAACUGGACCACUACAAGCAGCACCUGGGCAGCCUGCAGGAGCGCUGGCACGCUGUCUUUGCCCAGAUCGACCUGCGCCAGCGCGAGCUGGAGCAACUGGGCAGACAUCUGGGCUAUUACCGUGAGAGCUAUGACUGGCUUAUCCACUGGAUUGCAGACGCCAAGCAGCGGCAGGAGAAGAUCCAGGCUGUGCCCAUUGUUGACAGCAAGACACUGAAAGAACAGCUUGCUCAGGAAAAGAAACUUCUGGAGGAGAUUGAGAAAAACAAAGAGAAAGUAGAUGAAUGUCAGAAAUAUGCCAAGGCUUACAUUGACACCAUUAAGGAUUAUGAACUGCAGCUGGUGGCUUACAAUGCCCAGGCAGAACCCCUGACAUCUCCUCUGAAGAAAACCAAAGUGGAAUCUGCCUCUGAUAACAUAAUUCAGGAGUAUGUAACACUGAGAACUCGCUAUAGUGAAUUGAUGACAUUGACCAGCCAGUACAUCAAGUUCAUCAAAGACACACAGACCCGGCUAGAGGAUGAGGAGAAAGCUGCUGAGAAACUUAAAGAGGAGGAAAGGAAAAAAAUGGCUGAAAUGCAAGCUGAGUUAGAGAAACAGAAGCAGCUAGCUGAAGCUCAUGCAAAGGCCAUUGCCAAAGCAGAGAAAGAGGCAAAGGAACUUAAGCUUAUGAUGCAAGAAGAAGUUAGCAAGAGAGAGGUUGUUGCUGUGGAUGCUGAGAAGCAAAAGCAGAAUAUUCAGCAAGAGUUGCAUGAACUCCGAAACAUCUCAGAGCAGGAGAUCAAAUCAAAAAGUCAGCAGGUGGAAGAGGCCCUUCAGAGUCGAGCCAAAAUAGAAGAGGAGAUCCGUGUCAUCAGGCUCCAGCUGGACACAACAGUAAAACAAAAAUCCACUGCAGAGACAGAGUUGAAGCAGCUUAGGGAGAAAGCUGAAGAGGCUGAAAAACUCAGAAAAGCAGCUCAAGAGGAGGCAGAGAAACUACGCAAGCAGGUCACUGAAGAGACUCAGAAGAAGCGCAAGGCAGAGGAUGAGCUGAAGUUUAAGUGUGAAGCAGAGAGGGAGGCUGCUAAGCAGAAGCAAAAAGCCCUUGAGGACCUUGAGCAACUUAAGCUGCAGGCAGAAGAGGCCGAAAGACGUAUGAAGCAGGCCGAGGUGGAGAAGGACAGACAGAUCAGUCUUGCUCAUGAAGCAGCACAGAAAAGUGCAACAGCUGAGCUCCAGAGUAAGCGUAUGUCAUUUGUUGAGAAGACAUCAAAACUUGAGGAAUCACUUAAAGAAAAGCAUGGAACUGUCAUGCAGCUGCAGGAGGAAGCAGAUCGCCUCAAAAAACAACAGGAGGAGGCAGACAGGGCAAGGGUGGAUGCAGAGAAAGAGCUGGAAAAAUGGAGGCAGAAAGCAAAUGAGGCCCUUCGCCUGAGGCUUCAGGCUGAGGAAGAAGCCCACCGAAAGACUCUUGCCCAGGAAGAAGCAGAGAAGCAAAAAGAAGAGGCAGAAAGGGAGGCCAAAAAGCGGUCAAAAGCUGAGGAGUCUGCCCUGAAGCAGAAGGAGAUGGCAGAGCAAGAACUGGAGAGGCAACGGAAACUGGCUGAAGCUACAGCUCAGCAAAAGCUCUCUGCUGAGCAGGAGCUCAUCCGUUUAAGGGCUGAUUUUGACCACGCGGAGCAGCAAAGGUCCCUGCUUGAUGAUGAGCUUUACCGCUUGAAGAAUGAGGUUAAUGCUGCAGUGCAACAGCGUAAGCAGCUUGAAGAUGAACUGACAAAAGUAAGAAGUGAAAUGGACAUACUUCUACAGCUCAAAUCCAAAGCAGAGAAGGAGAGCAUGUCUACCACUGAAAAGAGUAAACAGCUCCUGGAAACUGAAGCAGCUAAAAUGAGGGACCUUGCUGAGGAGGCAGCUAAGCUUCGUGCUAUUGCUGAGGAGGCAAAAAGGCAGAGGCAGGUAGCUGAAGAGGAAGCAGCCAGACAAAGAGCAGAAGCUGAAAGAAUACUAAAAGAAAAGCUUGCUGCAAUCAAUGAUGCUACUCGUCUAAAAACCGAGGCAGAGAUAGCCCUCAAGGAAAAAGAGGCAGAAAAUGAGCGCCUCAGAAGGCAAGCUGAGGAUGAAGCCUACCAGAGGAAGGCUCUUGAAGAUCAGGCAAGCCAGCAUAAGCAGGAUAUUGAGGAGAAGAUCGAUCAGCUCAAGAAAUCUUCUGAGAUGGAGUUAGGAAGACAGAAAGCAAUUGUAGAUGAAACUCUCAAACAGCGAAGAAUUGUUGAGGAGGAGAUUCGUAUUUUGAAGCUUAACUUUGAGAAAGCUUCAUCUGGCAAGCUUGAUUUGGAGCUUGAAUUAAACAAACUAAAGAAUAUUGCUGAAGAAACCCAGAAGAGUAAGUUGCAGGCUGAAGGGGAGGUGGAAAGGUUUCGUAAGCUUGCCUUGGAGGAAGAGAACAGGAGGAGAGAAGCUGAGGAAAAGGUAAAGAAGAUUGCAGCAGCAGAGCAGGAAGCAGCUCGACAGCGGCAGACUGCCCAAGAGGAGGUGGAGCGUCUCAAAAAGAAGGCAGAAGAGGCCAGAAAGCAGAAGGACGAUGCUGAUAUGGAGGCAGAGAAACAAAUCCUGGUAGCAAAAGAGGCAGCUCAGAGAUGCAGUGCUGCUGAGCAUCAAGUCCAGAGUGUCCUUGUGCAGCAGAAAGAAGACAGCCUUGUGCAGGAAAAGCUAAAGGAAGAGUAUGCAAAAGCCAAAAAGCUUGCUGAGGAAGCAGAGAAAGCCAAAGAAAAGGCAGAAAAUGAAGCUGCCCUUCUUCGGCAGAAAGCAGAGGAGGCAGAGCGUCAGCGUCAGGCAGCUGAAGAGGAAGCUAGCCGUCAGGCCCAAGCCCAGGAAGACGCUGAGAGAAUAAGAAAGGAGGCUGAAUUUGAAGCUGCCAAGCGUGCUCAAGCAGAGACUGCUGCACUGAGACAGAAACAGCAAGCUGAUGCAGAAAUGGCAAAGCACAAAACACUUGCAGAGCAAACUCUUAAGCAGAAAUCUCAAGUUGAGCAAGAGCUUACCAAAGUGAAAUUGCAGCUAGAUGAAACUGACAAACAGAAAUCACUUUUGGAUGAUGAGCUACAUCGACUUAAGGAUGAAGUCAGUGAUGCUGUUAAACAGAAGGCCCAGGUAGAAGAUGAACUAUUUAAAGUUAAGAUUCAAAUGGAGGAGCUUAUCAAACUCAAGAUCCGAAUUGAAGAGGAAAACCAGCGACUUAUCCGAAAGGACAAGGACAAUACUCAGAAGUUCCUGGAAGAGGAGGCAGAGAACAUGAAAAAGUUAGCAGAAGAAGCUGCUAGACUCAGUAUAGAGGCUCAGGAAGCAGCACGUAUGAGACAGAUAGCAGAGUCUGACCUUGCCCAGCAAAGGGCACUUGCUGAAAAAAUGCUUAAGGAAAAGAUGCAAGCUAUUCAGGAAGCCUCCAGACUGAGAGCUGAAGCAGAAAUGCUUCAGAGACAAAAAGAUCUGGCUCAAGAACAGGCUCAAAAGCUGCUUGAAGACAAACAGCUGAUGCAGCAGCGACUUGAAGAAGAGACAGAGGGAUUCCAGAAAUCAUUAGAAGCUGAACGCAAAAGACAGUUGGAGAUCACAGCCGAAGCUGAGAAACUUAAACUCUGGGUGUCUCAGCUUAGUGAUGCCCAUUCAAAAGCUGAGGAGGAAGCAAAGAAAUUCAAAAAGCAGGCAGAUGAGAUCAGCGCACGUCUUCAUGAGACUGAGCUUGCCACAAAAGAGAAAAUGACCGUUGUUGAAAAAUUGGAGGUACAGAGAUUAAGCAGUAGUAAAGAAGCCAAUGAGCUACGCCAAGCAAUUGCUGACCUUGAAAAAGAAAAGUCUAAAUUGAAAAAAGAGGCUGAAGACUUACAGAAAAAAUCUCAAGAGAUGGCAGCUGCACAACAGGAACAGAUUAAACAGGAGAAAACAAUCCUGCAGCAGACGUUCAUCUCAGAAAAGGAGAUGCUGUUGAAGAAAGAAAAACAAAUUGAAGAUGAGAAGAAAAGACUGGAAAGCCAGUUUGAAGAAGAAGUGAAAAAAUCCAGAGCUCUACAGGAGGAACAACAGCAGCAACAAAGGCACAUGGAAGAAGAGAAAAAGAAACUUCAGUCCACGAUGGACACUGCUCUUAAGAAACAAAAAGAAGCUGAAGAGGAAAUGCUCAAAAAACAAAAAGAAAUGCAAGAGCUUGAGAGGAAGAAGCUCGAGCAGGAGAAAAUGCUUGCUGAAGAAAAUCAGAAGUUGCGUGAUAAACUUCAGCAGCUUGAAGUUAUUCAAACACACCAAAUCUCCCGGACUCAAGAGAUGGAAAUUCAGACUGUUGACCUCAAUGGCCAAAGUGUUGAAGUGGACAGUAGAAAUGGAGAAUCUGCCUUAUAUUUUGAUGGCAUUAGGGAGAAGGUCCCCGCAAGCCGCCUGUUAGAAGUAGGCCUAUUGGGCAAUAAGGAUUAUGACAAGCUAACAAAAGGCAAGAUCAGAGUGAAUGAGCUGAGCCAGACAGAAAACCUCAAAACAAUUCUUAAGGGUAAGAACUGCAUUGGGGGCCUUCUUGUUCACCCAAAUAAUAAAAUGCCUAUUUAUCAAGCUAUCAAAGAGAAGAAGAUUGCUCCUGGAACUGGUUUGGUACUACUGGAAGCACAGGCAGCCUCUGGAUAUAUUGUUGACCCUGUUAAAAACAAGAAGUUAUCUGUCAAUGAAGCUGUGAAGGAGGGUCUCAUAGGACCUGAACUCCAUAACAAAAUGUUGUCUGCUGAAAAAGCUGUUACUGGUUAUAAGGAUCCGUACACAGAGGAAAAGAUUUCACUCUUUGAGGCCAUGAAGAAAGGCCUUAUAGUGGAAGAUCAUGCAAUCAGACUGCUUGAGGCUCAGAUUGCUACUGGUGGAAUCAUUGACCCCAUUAAUAGCCACCGUGUACCAAUUGAAACUGCUUAUAAACAGGGACAGUUUGAUGCAGAAAUUAACAAAAUUCUUCAAGAUCCUUCAGAUGACACAAAAGGAUUCUUUGAUCCAAACACCCAAGAAAACCUCACAUACUUGCAGUUAAUGGAGAGGUGCAUCACUGAUCCUGAAACUGGAUUGCUCCUCCUGCCUGUUACAGAGAAGGCUGCUCUUAAUGCCAGAACUUUCACUGAGGAAGAAACCAGAGAUAUCUUCCAUAAGACAACUGUGUCUGUGCCAUUUGGAAGAUUCAAAGGAAAAACAGUUACUAUCUGGGAAAUUAUUAAUUCUGAGUACUUCACAGAGGACCAGAAAAAGGAUCUAAUUCGUCAGUACAAAACUGGCAAGAUUACAGUAGAAAAGAUCAUUAAAAUUGUAAUCUCUGUUGCAGAGGAAAAAGAGAAAAAGCAUGAGCUUGAAUUUGAUGGCCUCAGAAGACCUGUUCCUGCAGCAGAGCUACUUGAAUCCAAAGUUAUUGACAAGGAUCUCUAUAACAAGUUACACAAAGGAAAUAAGACUAUCAAAGAGGUGUCUGAGAUGGAGGCUGUGUAUAAGUCUCUGAAGGGCUCAAACUUCAUUGCAGGAGUGAUCAUCAACUCAACUAAAGAAAUAAUGUCAUUAUACCAGGCAAUCAAAAAGAAUGUGAUGAAGCCAGGACAUGCUAUGAAUCUAUUAGAAGCUCAAGCUGCAACUGGAUACAUCAUAGACCCUGUUAAAAACCAGAUGUUUACAGUUGAUGAAGCUGUCAAAGCUGGUGUUAUUGGCCCUGAGCUGCAUGAAAAACUUUUGUCUGCAGAAAGAGCCGUCACAGGCUACAGGGAUCCUUACAGUGGACAAACUGUGUCUUUGUUUGAGGCUAUGAAGAAGGAACUGAUUCACAAAGACCAGGGAAUGAGGUUCCUUGAUGCACAACUGGCAACAGGAGGUAUUAUAGACCCUGUGAAAAGCCAUCACAUUCCACAUGACAUCGCCUGCAAGCGGGGUUACUUUGCUGAUGAAACCAAUGAGGUCUUGAAUAACCCAACAGAUGAAAUCAAAGGUUACUAUGAUCCUAACACCCAAGAAUAUGUCACAUAUAUGCAGCUUCAGAAGAGGUGCCUCACUGACAAAAAGACAGGUCUUCAACUUCUGCCCCUAUCUGAACAAGCGAUCAGUAACAAAGAAGAACAGAAGUUCACUGAGGCACAGACCAAAGAAGCCAUGACACAGGCAAACGUGGAAGUUCAGAGUGGACAAUUUAAAGGAAGGAAAGUUACUAUCUGGGAGAUAAUCAACUCAGAUUAUCUUACUGAGGAACAAAGGCUUGAUUUGAUCAGGCAAUACAGGUCUGGGAAAAUGACAAUUGAGAAGAUUAUAAAGAUUGUAAUCACAAUUGUAGAUGAAAAAGAAGCCAAGAAACAAGAGCAAUCCAGUUUCAAAGGGCUCAGGGCUCCCGUCCCAGCUAAAUCCCUGUUUGACUCCAGAAUUAUUGAUAAAACUACUCUUGAUUUGCUUCAGCAAGGUAAGAUGACUCCAGAUGAGGUGAGCAUAAACAAUGCUGUUAACAAGUAUCUACAAGGCUCUGAAAGCAUUGCUGGAAUAUACCUUGAACCUACAAAAGAGAAAAUUAGCAUUUAUCAAGCAAUGAAAAAGAAUCUCCUGAGACAGAACAAAGGAAUAGCCCUGCUCGAAGCCCAAGCUGCUACAGGUUUUAUUGUGGAUCCUAUAAAGAAUCAGUUCCUUACAGUUGAUGAUGCUGUCAAAGCAGGUGUUGUGGGACCUGAGCUUCACGAAAAACUUCUCAUUGCUGAAAAAGCUGUUACUGGCUACAAAGACCCAUUCACAGGCAAUAAAAUCUCUGUAUUCCAAGCAAUGCAAAAAGAUCUCAUCCCCAAAGAACAUGGCAUGCCUCUCUUGGAGGCACAGACUUCCACUGGAGGAAUUAUUGAUCCCAUUAACAGUCAUCGGAUUCCCACUGAUGCAGCAUGCCAGCAGGGAUAUUUUAGCAAAGAAAUGGCCAAGAGCAUUGCUGAAAUCUCGGAUAAAAACAAAACCUUCUCUGACCCAGAUACUGAUGAAAAUGUGUCAUAUAAACAAUUGAAGGAUAAGUGUAUGACAGACCCUCAGACAGGCUUAAAUCUCUUACGAAUUUCUAAACCACAGGCACCAACAUUGGUGGAAAAGACUUAUCUUUACACUGAAGAACAAACACAGAGUGAUCUAGCCAGUAUUCAGGUUGACCUCCCGAUUGAGAGUCAUGCACAAGGCUCAAUGUCCCUCUGGGAUGUCAUGAACUCUAAACUGCUACCUGAAGAGGAGAGGAUAAAGCUACUGGAUGAUUAUCGUUCUGGCAAAAUAACAAAAGAGCGAAUGAUAAUUAUAAUAAUUGAAAUAAUGGAGCAGAGAGAAAUAAUCAGAGGACAAACCAUCAAGUCAUACGACAUAGUCAGACGCCGUGUCACUAUUGAAGAACUCUAUAAUGCUCAUAUUAUUGACUUAGACACUUACAACCUGCUGAAGCAAGAGAAGAAGACAAUUCGUGAGAUCAUGGAGUUGCAGAGUGUUAAACAGUACUUGUUUGGUACAGGCAGUGUUGCAGGUGUGAGACCUGAUUCCAGUUCUGCAAUCAGUAUUUAUCAGGCAAUGAAGAGAGGGUUAAUGAAGCCAGAAGAUGCUAUUGGUCUCUUGGAAGCACAGGCAGCCACUGGGUUUAUCAUUGAUCCCAUUAGAAAUGAGAUGCUUACAGUUGAUGAAGCAGUGCGGAAAGGGGUAGUCGGACCAGAAAUUCAUGACAAACUUCUGUCUGCAGAAAGAGCUGUUACUGGGUAUAAGGAUCCAUAUAGUGGGAAAAUAAUUUCUCUUUUCCAAGCAAUGAAAAAGAACCUUGUACAAGAGGACUAUGCUUUAAGGCUUCUUGAAGCUCAAAUAUCCACUGGAGGUAUCAUAGAUCCAGAAUUCAACUUCCAUCUCCCAGCAGAUGUUGCUACACAACGUGGCUAUAUCAGUAAAGAGACCUAUGAGAGGCUUUCUGAUGAAGUUAAGGGAUAUGUUGAUCCUGUCACAGAGGAAAAGCUCUCAUAUUUCCAACUGCUCAAGAGAUGCAAGGUUGAUCAAAAUGGACUGUAUCUGCUGGCUUUAGCAGAAAAAAGACCAAUGUUUAAGGGUCUCAGGAAGGAAAUCACAAUGGAAGAGUUAGUCCGUUCACAAAUCAUUGAUGCAAAAACAGCAUCUGAUCUCAGUGAGGGUCUGAUAACAGUUGAAGAGUUGAGCAGUAGACUCAAGAAGUAUCUUGAGGGCACAAGUUGCAUUGCUGGUGUGUUUCUGGAAACAACUAAAGACCGUCUUUCCAUAUACCAAGCCAUGAAAAAGAACAUGAUCAGGCCAGGAACUGCCUUUGAACUGCUGGAAGCUCAAGCAGCCACAGGAUACAUCAUUGAUCCCAUCAAAAACCUUAAGCUUACAGUCAGUGAAGCUGUGAGAAUGGGAAUUGUGGGUCUAGAAUUUAAAGACAAACUCAUGUCUGCUGAACGGGCUGUCACUGGCUACAGAGACCCUUAUACAGGCAAAACCAUCUCCCUCUUCCAGGCUAUGAAAAAAGGUCUCAUCCUAAAAGAUCAUGGAAUUCGUCUUCUUGAAGCACAAAUUGCUACUGGAGGUAUCAUCGAUCCUGAGGAAAGCCAUCGUUUGCCAGUGGAAGUGGCCUACAACCGAGGAUUCUUUGAUCAGGAGAUGAAUGAAAUUCUCAGUGAUCCAUCCGAUGAUACCAAGGGCUUCUUUGACCCAAACACAGAAGAGAACCUAACCUAUCUGCAGCUAAUGGAGAGAUGCAUUACAGACCCACAAACUGGUCUUGUGCUUUUGCUUCUAAAGGAAAAGAAACGGGAAAAAACAUCAUCAUCCAAAUCCUCUGUUCGCAAACGUAGAGUUGUAAUUGUUGAUCCCGAGACAGGCAAGGAAAUGUCUGUGUAUGAAGCUUAUCGCAAGGGACUCAUUGACCACCAGACAUACCUUGAACUUUCAGAGCAGGAAUGUGAAUGGGAAGAAAUUACAAUGACUUCUUCUGAUGGUGAAGAGAAGUCCAUAAUUAUUGACAGGAGAUCAGGUCGCCAGUAUGACAUUGCUGAUGCUCUGGCAAGAGGCCUUAUUGAUCAGUCAUCUCUUGACCAGUACCGCUCUGGAAAUCUUGCCAUUACAGAAUUUGCUGACAUGUUAUCUGGAAACAUGGGUGGCUUUCGUUCCCGGUCAUCCUCCUUUGGAUCCACUUCCUCUUAUCCAAUGAGUCCCAUACCCUCCAUCAAAACCCCCACAUCUGUAUGGAAUGAUCCAACUGAGGAGACUGGUCCUAUUGCGGGAAUUCUUGAUACAGACACCCUAGAGAAGGUUUCAGUCUCUGAAGCCAUGCACAGAAACUUAGUUGACAGCAUCUCUGGACAGAGACUGUUGGAAGCACAAGCCUGCACAGGUGGCAUAAUAGACCCAUCAACUGGGGAAAAGUUCUCUGUUGCUGAUGCAGCCAGUGGGGGUCUUUUAGAUAAGUCAAUGGUCGACAGAAUAAAUUUAGCACAGAAAGCCUUCAAUGGAUUUGAGGAUCCUAGAACCAAAGCAAAGAUGUCUGCUGCUCAAGCCCUUAAGAAAGGCUGGCUGUAUUAUGAAGCUGGUCAGCGAUUCCUGGAAGUGCAGUAUCUCACUGGUGGUCUUAUUGAGCCAGAGGCUGAAGGAAGAGUCUCUCUGGAAGAGGCCAUCAAGCGAGGCACUAUAGAUGCCCGCACAGCCCAAAAACUAAGAGAUGUCAGUGCUUAUUCUAAAUACCUUACAUGCCCCAAAACCAAACUUAAGAUCUCCUAUAAGGAUGCAAUGGACAGAAGCAUGACGGAGGAAGGAACUGGGCUAAAAUUGCUGGAAGCCUGCUCACAGUCUAGUAAAGGACUUUACAGUCCCUACAACAUCAGCGGUGCUGGUUCUGCUUCUGGCUCAAGAUCUGGGUCAAGAACUGGAUCUAGAUCAGGCUCAAGAAGAGGUAGCUUUGAUGCCACUGGCUCCGGCUUCAGCAUGAACUUCUCAUCGUCGUCCUACACCUCCACCAGUUAUUCUCGCAGAUUUUAAUGCUUGUUCCACUGGGAAUAGUGACCUAGCCUCACAGCUCUAAAGAGCCUGGGGCCUUUAAAUAAUUUCUACAACAACACACUAUAGUUGCAUAAGAUGCAAAGGAAAACUUUAGGAAUAAUAUACAAAAAGAGACCUAUUUAUUCUGAUUUGCAUGUUUUGCCAUAGAAAAGUGCAUUCCAUAAACUACCAGUAUGUUUUUGAUGAGAAUUAUUAACAAGGUCUCAUUUUAUGUAGUUUGGGUGCUUACAUGCUGUGCAUACAUUUCAUAGUUAGCCUGAACAAUUAUUCAUCAUUUAUUCACUGCUUCUACUUCAAAUAAUUCAGAUUGUUUGUAUUUAGGAGUAAUGUUUUUUUUUUUUCCUUAUUCAAGUAUCACUCCUCUCUUUAUAGAGCUGUUUAUUAUGGCUAAUUGCAUUCAUUGAUUAUUUGGUGGAGUUUUUAAAUGAUUAUACAGAACAUAAUUUCAUUAAAUGCUACUUACAUCCUACAAUUCUACAUGUAA